AUGAAAGAAAAGUUGCAGUUAGAGAAGAAAAGGAGACUCAGUGGCAAAAAAAGAGAACAACAGUUGAAAGAGUCAUUGAAAAUGAUGUACAACUUUGAUAUAGAGGACAGUGAAGAUUUUGAGAAAAUGUUUUCUAACAUUGAUGAGAAAAAACUUUCACCUGAUUUGAAGUUGUUCUGGCAGGUACAGAAGAAGGUACUUGAAACUAAAGACUCAAGGGGAAAUCAAUGGCAUCCAAAGUAAGCUUUAAUUAUAUUCCAUAAGUGGAUUUAUUAAAAACUCAUUUUUCCAACCCAUUGUCCCAUUCUUAUUUGCCAUCCAGUUUUGGUAUUUUUCAGCUUAGAGAUAUUAAACUAUGGACAGAUGAUUUUGUUUGUACGCUGAAUUAAUCUAUUUUCUUCUUGUGCAGUAUGUUUGAAUAACUUAUUAGCUAGUAUUUUACUCUGUCUAAUGCCAGAUGAUUUACUUGUAAGUAGUAGGGUAUAUAACAUGAAAAGAAUAUCUUUUUUAUGUUUUAAGUUAUAAACAUUGUCGUCAGCCUGUAGUACAAUAUUUGGGUGUGCCUAUAAGCAAAAUUUUAAAUAUGCAUGCGCCUAUAAAAUGCCAACUUUUUUUUUACCAAAAAUGGAAUGAAAGUCACUUUUAUGUGCCGUGCUUAUAUGCAGGGUAACAGAGUAAUAGUUUAAUUUGCUAUAUUUUCCUACAGAAUUAUUCGUUUGUGCCUUUCAUUAUGGAUCAAAAGUCCCAAAGUGUAUGAAGAGCUCAGACAAAGUGGUGUGCUUGUCCUACCAUCAGGUCGUUUACUAUCAUUGUACAAGAACGCAAUGAAACAAAAGCCAGGAUUGAAUGAUGAGGUAUUGGAAUGGAUGUCGAGGGAGGCAGAUAAACUAAAACUGGACUCGUUUGGAAGAGAAGGUGGACUUAUUUUAGAUAAAAUGGCUAUACAGGUAACUGGUAUAUUAUUUACCAUCUACAGAUGUACUGCAUCUGUGUAUCAUUGAGCCGGUGUGCAAUAAUAAUAAUGUACAGUACACGAUAAUAAAAAAAAUCAAUCAUAAUGUCAAUAAAAAUUAUUUUAAAUAUUGUAAAUGACUUUCUUGUGUUAUUGAUAACAAAUGCAGUGAAAGGUAUUCGUUAUAAGUCAAUCUACCUAACACAUUUUUAUAUUAAAUAGCCAGUAUCAAGGGGAUCUGAAAUUAGGGCAUUUAAAUCAACGUAUUGUCUUUGUAGAAUUAAAUACAUUACGUUAUCUUCAUGAUAUUUUUCUCAUUUUUAGGAAGGUCUUCAGUUAAAAGUAGAAACUGGUAUUACAAAGUUAGUUGGUCUGGUUGAUCUGGGAGAACUACAUGACACAACGAUAGCUUUAAAUGAAGGUGAAUAAACUGUACAGUGUGCACAUAAUAUAAAUAAUAUGAGGUGUAGGCAUGUAGUUGAGUAGUUCACUGUAUUUUUUAUUAAUUUUUUUCUCAUUAUACACAAUAUUUAGGUAGGGACUCAGAACCUGAAAUGGCAACUCAUGUAUUGCAGUUUGUAUUUCUUGGUAAUACUGGCUUUAGAUUCCCUUUGCACACUGGCCUACCAAAGAAGCAGAUGCAGCUACAUUACAUGACCUUUUCUGGAAAGCAGUUUUCUGGCUUUUAAAGUCCAAAUUUGUUGUCACAUAUUGUUGUGUGAUGGAGGGGAGAGUAAUCGUGGUUUUAUCAAAAUGCAAUUUGGUGGUAAGAAUCCCGAAGAAGAGUAUUUCACAGUCAUCAAUCCAUACACAAGAAAACCAUUGAUCAUCAUUUUUGACUUCCCUGUAAGUACUCAUGCAUGUACAGUAUAUACAAUUAUUUGAUACAAACUAGAAAAUGCUCAACAGCAUGUAUACAGAGAGUGUACAGUAUGGUGGUACACAUACAUGAUUAAAACUGAUAAAACAUACACUAGUCUGAUAUAUUUAUAAAAAUGCAAACUUAAGUUGAAUAUAAUAUUCAUAUAUUUUGCACCACCAUGUAAAUAUGAUUUACUUAUUUUAUAAUCUUUUUCCAAAAUAUUAAUUUGAUUGAUUUGAGUAAUGUAUUUCUUAUUAGCAUAAUGUGAAGAAAUUGAGAAACAAUGUAGAAAAGAGUCGACCUGGAGGAACAAGGAAUUUAACUGUCGGACCAAAUCCCAUGGUUUGGAACCAGUGGGUAGAAGCUUUCAAGUGGGACCAGAAAAACUCAUUGCCAGUUCACCACCGUCUGGGCAUGGACCACUUUGAGCUGGGAUAUGCCACAAAGAUGAGAAAUCAUCUAGCAGAAGUUCUUAACAAAGAUAGGUUAAAUCUUACGAGGGUAUGUUAUUAG